UUCAUAUGCAUAUUACCUAGGUAUUUCGGAACAGUGGUACAAGCCACGAGAACUGUAGGUCCUCCUUGGUUGCCUAGCAUAUCGGGUACGGAUACGAAGCCGCAGUCGUUAAUUAAAGGAUUGCGAAUUCAAACAUGGAGUUGAUAGGAAUAACGCUAAUACUUCUGCAUUUCAUAGCAAUUGCUGAUUCCUAUUCAGGUGGGGCUGAUCCCGGUGCUUGUGUGUCACUUGCGCCAGGUCACGGAGCAGAAGUACAAACCUCAACAUCACCUUAUAGUAUCACAUCAUCAUCGACUUCUUAUUCCAACGGUCAAACCGUCACCGUUACAAUAUCAGCUUCACCAGUACAAUUCAAAGGAAUUCUGUUACAAGCCAGGCGAACAAAUGGGAAUACAACUCCAGUUGGGACAUGGCAGACCCCGCCAAUUGGAUUUAAAUUCCUCCAAUGCUCAGCUCCUGGUGAUUCUAUUACACAUUCAAACAGUGAUCUUAAAGCAACUGUUUCAUUUGUUUGGGUGGCUCCUAGCACAGGAAACGAAGAUAUCCAGUUUGUGUAAGUAGACACAUGCUAAAUUGAAAGAUUAGU